AUGGAGGCCCCAACGAAGGUGCCGGCGGUGUCAAUAGCACCCAUGAUGAAGCACACGGACUUGCACUACCGCUAUUUCGUGCGCCUCCUCACUCGCCACACUCAAUUGUACACGGAGAUGGUGAGCCUCGGCGCCGUGCUCAACAACCCCCAAGAGGUGCUGGCCUACAACGUGGAGGAGCACCCGAUCACGGUGCAGCUUGGCGGCUCCAAUCCCGCGGGGCUCGCUCGCGCUGCUCGCGUCUGUCAAGAGUACGGCUACGAUGAGAUCAACCUCAACGUGGGCUGUCCGAGCCAGCGCGUAAGCACGCGUUGCUUCGGCGCCAAGCUGAUGCUCGACCCUCCGCUCGUGUCCGAAAUCAUGUCUGCCAUGUACAGAGAGGUGGACAUCCCGGUCACGGCCAAGUGCAGGAUCGGGGUCGAUGAGCUAGACUCGUAUGAGUACCUCUACGACUUCAUCGACACGGUGGCCACGGGCGUGAUGCCCGACGCCGCGCACGUCGAGGGUGGUCACCGCCCACGGCCCGCUGAAGGCGGCGGGGGCGAGAAAGAUGAGAGCAGAGACCGCGGAGAGAACGAAGAAGGCGACCGCGACGACGACGCGAAGGUGGAGCAGUGGCUCACGAACGAGGCCGAGGCAAACGUGAUGAAGGAGCAGGAGUGGGUCGAGCGGCGCGAGAGAAAGGCCAGGCGACAAGCCGAGGGCCAAAGGGUGGUCGAUCAUUUCGUAGUUCAUGCCCGUAAGGCGUUGCUGCUCGGGAGGUUCUCCACCCUCGACAACCGACGGAUUCCUGAGCUCAAGUAUGACACGGUCUACAAGUUGAAGCGGGAGGAGCGGUUCUCGGACUUGCGCUUCACGAUCAACGGAGGUGUCGAGACCUAUGAACAGAUCGCACACCACUUGGCGAACGGCGUCGACGGCGUGAUGCUCGGGCGAAUCGCUACGAAAGAUCCAUGGCUGCUGACGCAGGUGGACGCCCGAUUCUUUGGCAAGGCGAACCCGUGUCUCUCUCGACGAGAGGUGUUGGAGAAGUACUGCGACUACGUGGACAAACACACGCAAGAACGAAAGUUGGUGAAGAGAGGGCUGUUGGUGCCGAUCGUACCUCUGUUUCACGGCAAGAAGGAUGGCCGGCGAUUCAGACAGGAGCUGAACCGUGCGCUGGACGAGGACAAGAGGAGCCGAGCCAACAAGGGCGAGCGUGAGAACUGGGAGACCAGCGCGUGGGAUGUUGUGGAGGAGGCCCUCAAGGGCAUCAGCGACGAUACCCUGAACGAACGACCACCCACAUGUGACCUCUUUGAUAGCUAA